AUGGCGCCAUACGAGGCUUUAUACGGCAGGAAGUGUAGGACUCCCCUACGUUGGUAUCAGGAUAGGGAAGCAGUACUAGUCGGACCAGAGUUAUUAGAACAAACCACCAAGAAGGUGAGGAUGGUGAGGAACAGAAUGCAGGCUUCUCAGAGUAGACAAAAGGCUUACGCUGACCGUAGGAGGCGACCUUUAGAGCUUGCGGCUGGGGAUCAUGUUUUCUUGAGGGUGACCCGAACCACUGGCGUGGGAAAGUUGAGGAAGUACGUGUUUGAUCUGGCUCAUGUGUUGGAAGUUGAAGAUAUACAGAUCAGAGAGGAUUUUACUGUGGAAGUACCCAUCAUCGCUUUAGAGGAUAGCAAGGUUGAGGAACGUAGAGGAAAGACACUCUUUGGCCAUCCUUAG